AUGGAUGUUAUCCUCGAGGUGACGGACACGUUCCUGUUCGACUAUCUCUACGCCUGGGCACUGCCGGUGAAGCCCGCCCUGUACGACUUUGACCAAGGCGCGCUCGCCAACGGCACCGCCUCGGCUCUGUCAACAUGGCAGCACAAGCCUGCGACAACCUUUUUCACCUUUGAGCCAUCACAAGCCGCCUAUUCGAGCUCCUUGAACAGAGACAACAUCAUCCGCCAGUCCUUUUCACUGUUUCUCAUACUAUGGCUCUUUGGCCUCGUUACUUACUUCGGCUUCUCUACUCUCUCCUACAUAUUCGUCUUUGACAAGAAAGGGAUGGACCACCCCAAGUUCCUCAAGAACCAGGUCUCAAUGGAGAUUGCUCAGGCCAACUGGGCGCUGCCGGGCAUGGCGCUGCUUACGUUCCCGCUCAUCGUACUCGAGUGCCAGGGCUACAGCAAGCUCUACGACCGGUCGGCCGACGGUCCCGGCUCGUGGUACGACUGGUUCCAAUUCCCGCUCUUCCUGCUGUUCACGGACUGCGGCGUCUACUGGAUCCACCGGAGCCUGCACCACUCGUCCGUGUACAAGUACCUGCACAAGCCGCACCACAAGUGGAUCAUGCCGACGCCCUACGCCAGCUAUGCCUUCCACCCCGUCGACGGCUUCGCGCAGAGCAUCCCGUACCACGUGUUCCCCUUCAUCUUCCCGCUGCAGAAGCUGGCGUACGUCGGCCUGUUCGUCUUCAUCAACUUCUGGACCAUCAUGAUCCACGACGGCGAGUACGUCAGCAACAACCCUAUCAUCAACGGCGCCGCCUGCCACAGCGUCCACCACUUCGCCUUCAACUACAACUACGGCCAGUACACGACGCUGUGGGACCGCCUCGGCGGCAGCUACCGCGAGCCCGACCAGGACAUGUUCAAGAAGGAGAAGAAGAUGAGCAAGAAGAUGUGGGAGAAGCAGGUUACCAUUAUGGAGGAGCUAGUCAAGGACGUCGAGGGCGAGGACGACCGCGUCUACCUACCAGAGGACAAGAAGUCGCAGUAG